UUCGCAACCAGUCUGGAGCUUUCCGCUUCACCGUGGCGCAUUUCUUCAAGGUGACGGAACCUCUGCCACCUGUCAGGACAAGUCCUGCAGACAGUGUGAUGACACUUAAUAUGCGUGAAAAAGACACCUCACUUUGACCGUGAGCAACGCGUGCAGCGGGGAGCACAUUAAAUACUGUGACAAACGUCAUGUUGGAUAAAUUUGGACCGCAGACCGCCGGUGUGGUUGUCUCCAGCGCGGACCUCCAGCUCAAACUGACGGACAACAAGAGCAGCCUGGCCGCAGCAGGGAUGGGGAUGGAGAACGGCACUGGAAAGAAACUCAUAGAGAUAACUGGACCGGCUUUAUCCAAAAGAAAGCUUCUGGUCGGUUUAGACCUGCUGUGCCUCUUCCUCGCUUCCAUCCCUUUCUUUGCAUGUGAGCUGAAGACAGUGAGUCCAUACAGAAGGGGCUUCAUGUGCGGGGACCCCAGUAUCACCUACCCCUACCUGCCCAGUGAGGCCAUACCGGAUGAACUGCUCAUCGCUGGUGGCAUCAUCAUCACCGGCCUUACAAUCGCCCUCGGGGAGUGUUACCGGGUGCGUUACCGUGCUGUAAGCUCCAAGGCCUUUGUCAGGAACCUGUAUGUGUCCUGUCUGUACAAGGAGCUGGGCUGCUUCCUGUUCGGCUGCUGUGUCGGCCAAUCACUGACCAACAUGGCCAAGCUGAGCGUCGGCCGGCUGCGGCCACACUUCCUAUCUGUGUGUGGUGUCACCUACGCGUCGCUCAACUGCACACCGGGGACCUACGUUGCAACAGUGAGCUGCCACCAGCGCGACCACCGGUUAGAGGAGGAGGCCAGGAAGUCCUUCUUCUCUGGUCACGCGUCCUUCGCGAUGUACACAAUGCUCUAUUUAGCUUUUUACUUGCAGGCGCGGUUGACAUGGCGUGGGGCUCGGCUGCUGAGGCCUGCGAUCCAGUUCUUCCUGGUUCUGCUGGCAGUCUACACAGGUCUGACCCGCAUCUCAGACUACAGGCACCACCCGUCCGACGUGCUAACUGGUUACAUACAGGGAGCCUUCACUGCUUACUGGGUGGCCUUCCACAUCUCGUCCAUGUUUAAAAGCUCCAGCUCAGAUCUGUCUCCUACUCCAACUUUGGACAGCCCCUUGUCACCCAAUCAUACUGUCUGUUAAAUGUCAUAUCCACCAACCCCUGCCAGCAUGGACCAACAUCCACCUGCCUGUAGUCUUGCAUGGAUAGACAAGAGAUUUGAACAAUGUGAGACCAUUUCCUGUGAAGUCAAACCACAUACCUCAGUAUUUGGACAGAGUCUGAGAGAGCGAGGGGGACAGUAGAGAUUGUGUGAUACUGAAUGUGGCCCAAAAGAGAAAACAAAUGAACCGAGAGAAAGGAAGACUGAGGGAACUGAAAGUGAUACGGGCUCGGCUUGAGUGUUGUGUAAGCAGCUUGUGCACUCGACCCUUUGACCCUCGCUUGUGAUACUUACCUGUGAGAUGAGACGACUGAAUUGUGACCACACAGAAACCACUACCACUAUAAAUGUCACCUGUAAAUAUAUACAGAUUUUUAUACAACUCAAAUGAUACUGUAAAAGCACUUUUUGAUUUCCAUUUUAGUAUUAUUAAUUACCACUUUGUAAUGAUUUGUAGGAUGUAAUCUAUUUUAUACAAAUGUGCUGUAGCUGUUUUUUUUUUUUUUUACAUAAAACAAGUGAAUGUAAUGGUGUUGAAGGAAAGUGUGUACCAGUAGAUGUGUUUGGGUGUGUCCGUCCGUCUGUGUGCAGUGUGUCAGAUAUGUAGUUUAUUGAUCAGAGAAUGACUAUGAGAAUGUCCAUACAGUAGAUAUAAUCCAUGUUAGAAGAGAUGCUACUAGUUUUUUAUAAUGCUAUGUAUGUUGCUAGGCUACUUACCAGUCCAAGAGCACACAGAUCAUUAAAGAAAAAGGUUUAAGUAGAGUUUGUCACAGUUUUUCUAAAAUUCUAACACUCAUUCUCAUUUUGAGAAUAAAAAUUUUGGAUGUUAUUGCUUUUAAAAGAUUAAUACUGUACAUCCUGUAUGAGUUUGAUAGUUUAAUAGUUUAAUAGAUUGCUUUUGGCCACUUUUGGGGGUUGCCCAACAAGCUUUUAUUGACAUUACCACCAUAUUAACUUCAAGUCCAAUGUUCACUCUCCUUUCAGCUCUGUUUUGUUCACCCUCAUCUCCUGAGAAAAAAAUAUUUGGCUGUUUAGCUGCUAAA